AUGUCGCUCUCUCCGGGCAGCAGCUUCUCCCUGGCUUCGGCCUUGCCCAACGAUACAUUCUCCAAUGACGCGUCGUUGCCGAACUCUACACCCCCUACCACCGUUGCCGACAGCGCCAGCAUGAAUUCCGAACCUUCUAAGCUCGACGAAAUCACCGUCGAUGUCGAUGCCGAGCCCACGACCUCUCUGCCAUCUUCCGCCCAUGACGACGUGCCGAUGCCGGAUGCGCCCGUCCAGGAGCCCGUGCAAGAGGGAGACACGCCCACCCGCCCACGCCGGUCCAAGGCCGCUCCCGUCUACAACUUAUCUAAAUUGAGUGGCACUGAUGGUCAUGGGAAGCGACGGGCCAAUGGCGAUGUCAUUUCCAACAGACGCCGACGCACCCUUAUCAAAGCUGGCCUCAUGGAGGAUGAUGGUUUCUUGGAGCAGGAAAAUGCGCGUGCCGCCAGCCGAUCGAAGGCCAUUGGCGCACGCGACUCCCAAUCCGCUUCGCAGAAGUCGUCGCCGCGCACAAUUCGUCGAGCCAAGCCAUCGCCCCCUCCACGAUCAUCGUCCCGCCGGGCAACCCUCGACGUUGCGACUUUGAACAGGAUGAUCGUCAACACCGACCGACGCGGUCGCAAGUCGAUGGACAAGAUCGUAGCCCCGCCCCCGCAAAAGAUUUCUAGGGAGCUGCGCCGACUACAAGACACCAAGGAAUUCGCGCACGUUGACGAGCAGCCCAUCGUCACCACCGUGUGGGCUAAUGGAAAAUACGUUGAUCCAAAAGAGGCUGAGUCGCGUGCGCGGAAGAGGGUCAAGAAGGACGAGCCCAAGAACGACCCCAAGGCCGAUCAAGAGGAGACGGAGUCUCCCGAGCCCGUCACCAACACCAAGCAGCGCCGCGUCAAGAAAUAUCUGGACAAGGGUCUCUACUCCGGGCAAGAUGCGCCAAUGGAUAUCUACAAGGGCCUCACGAUGACGGAGAAGAAGCAGCUUUCCGAACUUCCCGAGCUUAUUCCCAGCGGCCGUGUCAACAAGAUCAUGCCGUCGCCCAUGUUCACUGGCCUGCGCACUCUCAUUGCUGGGCGCGACUUCCGGCUCCCUUUUCACGUCUGCAACCCGCUCCCUCCUGGACAGCCAAAGCCAGACGAGUGGAGGAAGAUGACUAAAAACCGAUUCAUCGGAGACUCCAAGGAUAUUUGGAGGAAGUCUCCACAUUAUCACGACAUGUCCAAGUGUGUCUGCAAGCCUGAGGACGGCUGCGGGGACAAUUGCCAGAACAGAAUUAUGCUCUACGAAUGCGACGACGGCAACUGCAGCGUUGGAAAGGAGAACUGUACAAACCGUGCGUUUGCAGAUCUCACAGCUCGACGAAACAAGGGCGGGAAAUACCGUGUUGGCGUUGAAGUGAUCAAGACUUCUGACCGUGGGUACGGAGUCCGCAGCAACCGGUGCUUCGAGCCGAACCAAAUCAUUAUGGAAUACGCGGGAGAAAUUAUCACGGAAGAGGAGUGUGAGCGAAGAAUGAAUGAAAUCUACAAGAACAACGAUUGUUACUACUUAAUGAGCUUUGACCAGAACAUGAUUAUCGACGCUACUACGGGAAGCAUCGCUAGAUUUGUCAACCACAGCUGUAACCCAAACUGCCGCAUGAUCAAGUGGAUCGUGGCCGGGCAGCCCCGUAUGGCCUUGUUCGCGGGCGAUAAGCCGAUCAUGACGGGAGAUGAGCUUACGUACGACUACAAUUUCGAUCCGUUCUCAUCCAAGAAUGUGCAGAAGUGCCUCUGCGGACAGCCAAACUGCCGUGGCUUCUUGGGACCAAAGCCCCGCGAGGUCAAGCCUGCCAUCAAGACGGUCCUCAAGGAUACUGUCAAGGCGGGCAAGCGAAAGCUGCAGGAAUUCCUGGGCGGAGAGGAAGACAAGGCAAAGAAGCCCAAGGCCAAGAAGCCCACGGUGAAGGCCAUCACCAGCACAAGGGGAGCACUUGCCAACGUGGGCAUGCAGCUCAAGCAGGGCGCUGCUACUGCUCUGAAGAAGACGGUAGGCUCGGUGGCCUCCAAAGCCAGGGGCAAGAAGACGAGCGGGGCCAGCCAGACUCCACUCAAGGGCCGGAAGUCGACAGGUACUAUUAUCAAGAAGAAGCUGACCACCACUACACGCGUCGUGAAGGCAUACUCGAAGGGGACACCUAAGAAGCAGGUCACCAGCCAGACGUCUGUGACGGCCAAGGUCACGAAAAAGACAGUCUCUGAGAAGGCACUUCCCAAAUCGCCCGUGAAGAAGACGCCAACAAAGAAGGUUGUCGCUCAGAAGACGUAUUCGAGCAAGGGUUCCAGGACUCCAGCUAGCGCCAAAGCGCGCAAGGUGAUCAGCGGGCUGUCGUCUCCUCGCAAGGCGAUCGAAAUCACACGAGGCAUUCAAACCAUCACGGCAAGUGCAGAAUAG